UUUUUUGUUGAAAUAAAAAAAUGUUGAAUCCACAAGAAACGAUCCAAUUGUCAAAAGCUUUAUCUAAAGUGUUGAGACACAGCGCCGUAGACCAGCAACUUGACAUUUCUCCUGACGGCUACGUUGCUGUUGCCGAUUUGCUGGCACGUCCGAGAUUCCAAGAGUUUUCGUUGCAAGACCUUCAGCAUGUGGUGGAGACGAAUAACAAGAAACGAUACGAGCUGACGUUACGGGACGAUGUGUACUAUAUCCGAGCGACGCAAGGGCAUUCGAUCAAAACGGUGACGCACCAGGACUUGCUGGAGGAGGUCACGCACUUGACGACACCAGUGAUUCAUGGCACGACGCAGAAGGCAUGGGCUUCCAUCAAAGUGCAAGGAUUAUCUACCAUGAGACGAAACCAUAUUCAUUUCGCCACUGGGUUACCCGAUGAUCCCACCGUUUCAAGUGGGAUACGAAAGACAAGUGAUGUCUUUAUUUAUAUCCGUCUGCAAGAGGCUCAAAAAGAUGGGAUUGUGUUUUAUCGAUCCAAGAAUAAUGUGAUUUUAUCAAGUGGUUUGAAUGGCUUUGUAUCACCAAAGUAUUUUGAAAAAGUACAUGACAAUCAGGGUCAAGAUUUAGUCUAACAAAAAGGGAAAAUGAGAGAUACUCAACUAUUGCACUCUAAAAGAAAUACAGUUAAAACAAAUGUAACAGCGCAACAAAUAAGUAAAGACCUGUAUUUUUAAAGCAUUAAAGAAGCUACAAAGCUUGGUAUCGAUAUUGUAACUACCAUGUUUUCAAUUAUAGUUUUUUCUUUUAGUUGAUCCAGGUAGAUUUAAAAAUUAAGACUUAAAAAAUACAAAAAACUAUACUUGAUAUACC